GAUACCGGGCUCGGUGCGGGUCCCGGCGCGGAUCGUGGUGCCGGGCUCGGUGCGGGUCGCGAUACCGGGCUCGGUGCCGGGCUCGGUGCGGAUCCCGGGCCCGGCUCGGUGCGGGUCUCGGGGCCGGGUGCGGUGCGGGUCGCGAUGCCGGGCGCGGUGCGGACCCUGUGCCUGGCCGCGCUGCUGGGCGCGCUGGGAGCCGGCGGCACGGAGCUGACGCUGGAGCUGCCCGACAGCGCCCAGCGCUGCUUCCACCAGGAGCUGGAGAGCGGCGUCAAGUUCACCCUGGACUAUCAGGUGAUCAGCGGAGGGCACUACGAUGUGGACUGCUACGUGGAGGACCCCAAUGGCAAGACCAUCUACCAGGAGACCAAGAAGCAGUACGACAGCUUCUCGCACCACACCGAGGUCAAGGGUGUCUACACCUUCUGCUUCAGCAACGAGUUCUCCACCUUCUCCCACAAAAUUGUCUACUUCGACUUCCAGGUGGGCGACGAGCCGCCCAUCCUGCCCGACAUGAACAACCGCGUCACUGCCCUGACACAGCUGGAAUCGGCCUGUGUCACCAUCCACGAGAUGCUGAAGGCGGUGAUCGACUCCCAGACCCACUACCGGCUGCGGGAGGCGCAGGACCGGAGCCGAGCUGAGGAGCUCAACGGGCGCGUCUCGUACUGGUCAGUGGGGGAAACCCUCAUCCUCUUCAUGGUCAGCAUCGGGCAGGUGAUGCUGCUCAAGAGCUUCUUCACCGAGAAGAGACCCGGCAGCGGCGGAGCCGGCACCUAGAGCUGCUGUGUCUGUGCCUGAUGCAGCAGGCAGGGCUGUGCUGUGCCUCUCACCUGUGCCGAGGGCGGGCGGGGGGUGGGAGCAGGGGUGACACUGCUGAGCUGGGUGACACAGCCACCCAGGCACAGGCGUCCCCCAGCAUCACCUCCCACCCUCCAUCGCCCGGCCUGCCCUGCCCCUCGCCUGGCCACGCUGUCCCCGUUCUCUGGCCGCACUGGACGCAGGUGGGACCAGCCCUGGGGCAAACAGUGACUGUGAUGUGAGCGCCAUGGUCCCCGCCCCUGCCCCUGGAGCCCUGCGCAGCCACCGAGGGCAGGGGCAGCGCUGGCCCACCUGGCACCCCCAGUGCCCUCAGCCCAAGGAGAGCUGCCCGUGGGCUGGGGGUCUCUGUGCACCCCAGCUGUCCUGCGGCGGGCAGGGUGCUCCCAGCAGCAGGGCAGCAGCAGCAGCAGCAUCCAGCAAGGGAAGGCUUUUUGCUGCGUGCUCCUCUGCCUCUACCAGUUCCUCCCCUCGCAGCAGUUCUCAGGCUGGCAGCAGGUGGUGUGCCCAUACCAGGUGGUGUUUUAUACUCACAGUCCGUGCCUGAGACUCAGCCCCCUCACACGUUCCCCCCACCCCGUGGACACGUGCCAAGGAAGCCCCAUCCCUGCCCCAGAAGCAGAGGACCUGCACACACCUGGGACUGCAGCCCCUCAUCCCCUGGAGCCCCCACAAGACCCCUGGAGCAAACGGUGUGCUGGCCUUCCAGCCCUCAAGCAGGUGUGAGAUCAUUUUUCAGUGCUGAAGCAACUCUACAUGACUUUUCCUUUGCCACUCUCAAAUAAAUUCCUGCAAGCAUGGCUGGCA